UCCGCCAGUCGGCCGGCUCCCGGCGCCGCGUCUGGUCGUCGGCCUCGGCGGAGCGCAUGGCUCCUCUCUGCUUCAAUUGCUCCAUCCUCCCCGGAGACACGUCCCCACGGGACGCGGGGAGCCUGGUGCCCUGCAAUGGCAGUCGGGCGUUGGGGCUUUCUGACCCCGAGGACUUAAACCUCACCGACGAGGAACUGAGAAUCAAGUACCUGGGGCCCCAGCAGACUGAGCUGUUCGUGCCCAUCUGCAUCACGUACCUGCUGAUCUUCGUGGUGGGCGCCGUGGGCAAUGGGCUGACCUGCGCGGUCAUCCUGCGCCACAAGGCCAUGCGCACCCCCACCAACUACUACCUCUUCAGCCUGGCGGUGUCGGACCUGCUGGUGCUGCUCGUGGGCCUGCCCCUGGAGCUCUAUGAGAUGUGGCGCAACUACCCCUUCCUGCUGGGCGCCGGGGGCUGCUACUUCCGCACGCUGCUCUUCGAGACCGUGUGCCUGGCCUCGGUGCUCAACGUCACGGCCCUGAGCGUGGAGCGCUAUGUGGCUGUGGUGCACCCGCUGCAGGCCAGGUCCAUGAUGACUCGGGUGCACGUGCGCCGUGUCCUCGGAGCCAUCUGGGGCCUCGCUGUGCUUUGUUCUCUGCCUAACACCAGCCUGCACGGCCUCCAGCAGCUGGAAGUGCCCUGCCGGGGCCCGGUGCCCCACUCGGCUGUGUGCACCCUGGUCCACCCCCGGGCCCUCUACAACCUGGUCGUGCAGAUCACCACCCUGUUCUUCUUCUGCCUGCCCAUGGCCACCAUCAGCGUGCUCUACCUGCUCAUCGGGCUGCGGCUGCGGCGGGAGCGAUUACUGGUGCUCAGGCAGGAGGCCAGGGGCAGGGCCGGGUCGCGCGACAGCUGCAGAUUUCCGGGCUCGCAGGAUCGGGGGCGGACACAGGUGACCAAGAUGCUGUUUGUGCUGGUCGUGGUGUUUGGAAUCUGCUGGGCCCCCUUCCACAUUGACCGCCUCAUGUGGAGCUUUGUGUCCCACUGGACCGAAGGCCUGCACCUGGCCUUCCAGUACGUGCACGUUAUCUCCGGCGUCUUCUUCUACCUCAGCUCGGCCAUUAACCCCGUGCUCUACAACGUCAUGUCAAGCCGCUUCAGGGAGACUUUCCAGGAAACCCUGUGCUUGGGGACUCAGUGCCGCUACCACAGGCCCCGCCACAGCUCGAGCCUCAGCAGGGUGACGAUGGGCAGCACCCUGUGUGACCUGGGCUCCCCGGGCACCAGGGCCCAGCCUCUGUUGGAGAAUGGUGGCCGAGAGGGGCUGCAGGAGACUGACCCCUUCUGAGUGGAGCCUGGAAGCAGCUUCAGCAAGAGAGGCCAGAGUGCCACAUGCGGUUCUGGAAGGGGUACUCACCCUCCUCCGCUGGGAUGUCUUCUCAAACUGUCCCCCUUUGUGUCCCAUCCCCACUUCGGCCUAUAAACUCUGACCAGCACCUCAGUGACUCCUGCCCCCAUCCAAGUUUUUGGAAGGGAUACAAGCCUGCUCUCUGCCCCCCAGAGCCCUGGGCCUGCAGGUAAAGUCCUUCUUCUCCAGAACCAAGGCAGCUAGUUAAGUGGCAGAGCAAGCCUCCAUCUGGGGUCUCCCCCACCCCACCCCUAGUUUCUGAAAUGUUUUUGUGGGGCCCCACCCUUCCUUCCCAUUUCUCGUUGAGAUCCUGCAGGUUCUGGCCCAUUCUGGCCCUCUCCAGCCCUUGGCCUGUACUUGGGACCCCUGUCAACCCCCUCCGUGGCCCUCACGCAGUCAGUACAUUCUGCUCUGGAUCUCCACCUGGUGGAGUGGCUGGGCCACAGGGGUGCCAGGGAUCCGGGGGACCUAGUUCCAGUCUCAGCCCUGCUGCUACCACCUUGCAGCGUGGCAUCACCUUUGCAAGCCUUGGUCCCUGGUCUGAAAAAUAAAAGAGGCCCUGACAUUCUACGGUGUCACACUUUGGCACUUUACCUGCGGUCUUCUGAGCAUAUGCAUCAGUCAGUGCUUGUAGCAAAACUGUCAGAAAACCUUAGAUCAACAAAGGCAGAAAUUACCCUCUACUUCUCACCACCCCACGACUCCUGCUCUGUCCCUGACCUCUGCGUCUCCUCCAGCCCCUGCACUGAAAGCCACUCCGGGCAUGUUCUUUGCUUGACACCGACUGAGGUCUGGCAAGUGAGCGGAGACCCCUGCCCGGCUCUGUCCUUGCCUCCCUGUGAGCUGGUUUGGGGCCCUGAGGUGAGCAGAACCCAGGGCCUGGCUGACCAGAGGGUUCCAGAGACAAGAGACACGAGCCAACCAAAGGCAAGGAGUGACCCUGUGAGGACAGUUUUGUUUGGGGCUCAGUGAGGUGAGAAGAGAGACAGCGACCAGUCCCUUGUGUCCUGAAAACAGAGCCCUAUCCCAAAUGCGGGGGUGGGGGGCAGUGCUCAGGACCCACUCAGUGGCAGGAACUUAACCUGCUGCAAGUCCGUGAACCCUGUCCCCCUCCCGAGAGGAGACUCCUGUGAAAGGACCGCUGGUCCCCCUGGUGGGGUGCUGCGGGUGCCCCGGGUGGAGGAGGCAGCGGGUCUGUCGUCUGGGUCCCCCUUGCCUGCAGACCCUUCCUAGCUCAGGACCCGGGUCCCCUGCCCGUGAAGUGCAGAGAUUGUACAGGGUUGCACAUAAUGUUCUGGAGUGUUCAAAUUCAAUUGUAAAAAUAGCAAAUGCUCUUUGAAGAAAACUUGGAAAAUGCAAAUAAGCAAAAAUGAAAACAAUUUAAAAUAGUUAAAAUCCACCCUUGCUGGGGCUGGUGGGAGAGAGACAUGGGGAGUUGUUCAAUGGGUAUAGAGUUUGUUUUGCCAGAUGAAAAAAUUCUGGA